AUGCGUAUCACGACCACGAAAACCACAACAACGACCAAAACUGUCGUCACAACAGUCGUAGAAACACACGAGCAACCGGCAUCGUUCACACAGCCCCGCUCAGGAGAAGGUGCACAAACUAGUCGCCCUCGUGCAGAUAAGACCCCUGCCGCCUAUCCACGUUCGAGCUUAAACGCAGCCCACGUAUCUCCGGCGCCUGCGGGUAAAUGUGUGUCUUCUACACCGAAGGCAACCUCGCAAACACUUUCAUCAAGCUCGGGAGGCUCCUCGCCGCCUACUCAGGCUAUGGCUCCUCAGCCGGGUGUUUCAAGAGAAAGAAAUGACAACCGCAGUGAGGUCGUGCGGGCAUGGCUUCAUGGCCACGUCCGACGAGACUUCAGCGGCCAGAACGUCACCCCACCCCACCUCAUAUCUCCUCCGCCGCCCGGUAAACCCCCUCGCCGGUAUUAUGUUGUGUAUAAAGGCUUACAGACCGGUAUCUUCUAUACGUGGCCCGAAGCUAACGAGCGCACCCACUACAUUCCAGGUGCCGAACACGUCAAGUUUGCGGAACGGCAGCAGGCAUUCGACGCGUACACUAGAGCAUAUCACAAAGGGAGGGUAUGGGCAAUCUAUAAGAGUGGUUCACGCUUCUGGCCUAGUAGGGACAGCUAA